AUGCUCUACCUCACGCCUGGUCUCCUUGCUACCACAUUCAUCCAUUCCCUGUGCGUCACCCUGAUAGCCCGAACCAUGCGAGUAUUCUUCCUAGGUGCCUCCGCUCCCGAGGACAUCUCCGAUAACAUCUCCCCAUGGCGAUGGUUGAUCUUCAUCCUUUGGCAAGCACUUGCCACCGGCUGGCUCACACCUCUCGAAGUCGUCAGCACUCGACUGUCCGUUCAGCCCAACACGCCAGGUGCUGUCGCAACCGAGGAAGAAGAGCAAGGCCCUCCUGAGGGAGUUUCAUUCUGUGGAACCGACGAAGACGUUAUUGGCCUUCGACCCACUACCGACCCCUACCUCGGCAUGGUCGACUGCGGAAGAAAGGUCAUCGAGGAGGAAGGGUGGCAAAGUCUGUACCGAGGAUUCUGGUGGACCAUGCUGAGUAAUGUAUUUGGAGCUUUCGCGUGA